AGACUCGCUAGGUUUGCCAAACCAACUCCCCAAAGGGGACCUUAGAGAGCAAUCUUCUACCUUCUCUCUCCUCUCUCUCUCUCUCUCUCUCUCUUUUGCUUUUAUUAUUCUCUUUCAAUGGCUUCAUCCUCUUCCAGAACAAAGUCUAGUGGACCCGUUCUACGCUCCCUCUCACCCUCCACCAGAUUCUGCUCAUACACCACUUCCAAAACUCCUUUCUCUUCUCCUUCAUCGGCCUUCGCUUCCUCCACAAGCUCUGGCUUUUCGUCUUCAUCCUUCUUCAACCAGCCACGUCAGCAUCACGCUCACAGCCAUCACCGUGCGGCAUCGCCCACCCGUGUCAAUCUAUGCAGCCCCGCCCCUCUCUCCUCUGCCGUCCGGUUCUCAAUCGAUCCACGGUCCAUAUCUCCGAACCGGUCCAUCUCGAACCAGAUCAUCACGACGAAGAACAACCGUCCGAUCUCUGGCCAGAAGAAGACGUGUAUGUGCUCCCCUACGACGCACCCUGGGUCCUUUCGAUGCAGCCUCCACAAGAACAUAGGAAGCAGCAACCACAACGCCGAUUCGUACCCUUCGAACCGGCUCAACAUGCGUAGAUCCGCUAUGAAGAACUCGCUGGUGAGAAUCGGAGGCGUGGAGGGCGAGUGGGUGAAACGGGCCCUGACAGCACUCAUUCGUCCCAGUUCGCAUCAACAGAGGAGGAGAGCGGGGUUCGAGCCCAGGCCCAGUCGUCUCUCUGUCAUGUCAAAGGCCCAGGAUCUAUGAUUUUUAAAGAAAAGAAAAUGUUUUUUUCUAUUUACAGCUUGCAGGUUGUUCUUGAUUUUACUGGUUUAUAUUCCAUACCACCCCUGGCGCCCUUAUCUGCCGCCAGAGUUGGAUUCCGGCGAAGCGGCUGGGAGGCAGUGGCGAGUCCUCUCCGGCGAGUUUUGAUUUCGUCGUCUGGAGCAGAAUGGUGAAAUUCGCAUAGAUCUUUGACAAUGGACCUACACAAAAUUGCAUUUUGUACAUAAAUUUUGCUAUGGAAGCAGAGUUUGGACCCCUUU